UUUCCAUUCACACGAUAACGAAUCCAGACUGUAGAGCACAAAAUUCCCAACGUAUAACAUUUUCUCUAUACCCUAAAACCAUUUUCAUUUCAGAGUAUGCUAUAAAUCUGCGAGCUGAUAGGUGGUUAGGGUUAGGGUUUCUGCUGAAAUUGGUGUGUGUGUGAGAGAGAGAGAGUUCUGUGUCAAUGGAGAAAGAACAGUUGAUGUUGUAUAACACCAUGACGAAACAGAAAGAGAUCUUCGUCCCCAAAGUGCCUGGCAAGGUUGGCAUGUAUGUCUGCGGCGUUACAGCUUACGAUUUCAGCCAUAUCGGCCACGCUCGCGCCUAUGUCGCCUUCGAUGUCCUCUACAGGUACCUUAAAUACUCGGGCUGUGAAGUUGAAUAUGUGCGGAAUUUCACCGAUGUAGAUGACAAGAUAAUUCGUCGUGCCAAUGAGCUCGGGGAGGAUCCACUGUCUUUGAGCGAUCGAUUUUGCCAAGAAUAUCUUGAUGAUAUGGUUGACCUUCAGUGCCUACCUCCUACACAUCAGCCACGUGUUUCUGGUCACAUUGAGCAAAUCAAGGAUAUGAUAGCUCAGAUUAUUAGUAAUGGAUGUGCUUACAUAGUCGAAGGGGAUGUGUACUUCUCUGUUGAUAAUUUCCCGAACUAUGGUAAGUUAUCUGGACGAAAGCUGGAAGACAACAGAGCUGGUGAAAGGGUUGCUGUUGAUUUAAGAAAGCGAAAUCCUGCUGACUUUGCUUUGUGGAAGGCUGCAAAACCUGGAGAGCCAAGUUGGAACAGCCCUUGGGGCCCUGGAAGACCUGGAUGGCACAUCGAAUGCAGUGCUAUGAGUGCUCAUUAUCUGAGCCACACGUUUGAUAUUCAUGGUGGUGGAAUGGAUUUAAUCUUUCCACAUCAUGAAAAUGAGAUUGCUCAGAGCUGUGCUGCCUGCUCAGAGAGCAAUGUUAAGUACUGGAUCCAUAACGGGUUUGUCACUGCAAAUGAUGAAAAAAUGUCAAAAUCCCUUGGUAAUUUUUUUACCAUUCGAGAGGUUACUAAAAUUUACCAUCCACUAGCGUUGAGGCACUUCUUGAUGGGCACACACUAUCGAUCACCUGUUAAUUAUUCGAUCUCUCAGAUUGAAAUUGCAUCAGAGGCUGUUUUCUAUAUAUAUCAGACCUUGCAAGAUUGUGAAGAUGCUUUAUCAAUAUUUCGAGAUGGAAACCAAAAGGAAGGAACUCAACCUAAUGGCAAAACAGCACGGAUUACUCCUGCUGCCCAAGAUUGCAUCAACAAGCUACGUAGUGAUUUUCAGACAAAAAUGUCAGAUGAUUUGCAUACACCAUAUAUAUUGAAUGCUUCCCUUCAAGAAGCUUUAAGAUUCAUGAACAGUUCUUUGACCCAGCUAAAGAAGAAGCAACAGAAGCAACAACAAUUAUCAAUGAUUCAGUCCCUCACUGAAUUACAAAAAGAAGUCGGUGAAGUUUUGAGCACCCUGGGAUUGCUGACUGCUUUGUCUUACUCUGAGGUUCUGCAGCAGUUGAAAGAUAAAGCAUUAAAGAGAGCAGAAAUGACAGAAGAUGACGUCUUGCGUCUGAUUGAAGAAAGAACAGUGGCAAGGAAAAGCAAAAAUUUCUCGAGGAGUGAUCAGGUCAGAAGUGAAUUGGCUGCCAAAGGCAUUGCUUUAAUGGAUGUGGGAAAGGAAACUGCAUGGAGGCCUUGUGUUCGAGUUGAUCAAGAACAGCCAUCUGUGCCAGUUGAACAAAGACAACCAUGCGUGCCAGCUGAAAAAGAAAAGUAGACAUUGCCAGCGUCAAUCUGAUGGUGCAUAACCCUAUUUUGGCCCCAAUUCACGUAUUUUUUUGUUUCUCUAAUUACGCUGGAGCGACAUAAUUAUUGAAGACGUGAUGACAUAUUGUUACUUGUUGUAACAUUUGGAGGUCUUUUACUUGUGACAAAUCCUUAUUUUGUUGUAAUCCAGCGCCAGGGAGAUUCAAGUGCAUGGCUUAAAUUUGAGGGCUCUCUGUGCCAGCAAAAACAGCAAGGAAGCAGGAAAUUGCUGUUUCUGUAAUCCUUAUCAUAUAAUGUCUGAUUAAUAAAUCUUAGGACUUUCGGAUCAUUAUGAGUUAACCAUUUUAUUGUACUUGUUUGAUGAAACUCCUUGCUAUUUCUUUCCGAGUUGUGAUAAAGAGUCUGAAAGUUGGACAAAUCCCGACUACAUUUAUGCAUCCGAUUCUCGGACUAUUUAUCAUUUUCAUUUCUUUC